UUAAAAUAUUUGUGUGUGUAUUUACUGAGCCUUAGGGGUUUACUUCGGAAUAUUUUUUCUUUUUUCCGACAGCUCAGCCGUUUCCGAAACAAAUCUCUUCUAUUCCCACCCUUAUUUUUUGAAAAAAUGUCGUUACACCUUCGUACCCAAAUUUCCCUCUUGUUUACAGAGGCUACUGAGUUACUAGACAAUAAAAAAGAAUUUCCCGUCCCUCCCAGAAUUGGAGGACAGACGGAUAAUGAAUAUAAACUAAUUAUUGAAAGUACUUUAGAGGAUUUAACCGCUGAACAGGUAGAAAUAGCGGAAAUUUCAAGUCAACUUUCAGAUGUGGAUGAUAAAUGGACAAAUCUCCGUACCAAUAUGACAGGUAAUGAAAGGUUGCAGGACAACACAGAAUAUGAUGCCUUUAUAAUUACUGUCCCAUUUGCUCAAACAAUGUCCGACCUUCGUCGGUAUCUCCGUCUUUUGCGGUCUCAACGCCGCCGUUUAGAACAUUUAAUCCCAAAGGUGGAAAACACUAUACCCGCAGCCUCAUCUUUAAUCCACCUUCCUAAAACCGAACUUCCCUCAUUUUCAGGAGACUGCGUCUCCUUCCUCUCUUUCUGGAAUACAUUUAGAGCAGGCGUCCACGACCUGCCUAUUCCCGAGUCAAUUAAAUUUACUUAUUUAAAACAAUGCCUUUCCGGCCCACCUCUUACUCUAAUUAAUGCCCUACCCAUUACUGAUGGGUCAUACUCUAUAGCUAUUGAACUAUUGCGGAAAAACUAUAAUAAUCCUACAGAAGUAGCCCGAUCUUUACACAACUCUCUUCGUAAAUUGCCGCAGGUCCGCGGUGGCGAUCACUUCUGUUCCGACCUUCGUAAUUUACUGGACCAAUUAGAAGGUAUCUGUGUCCAAAUGUCCCAACGUAAUCAAUCAUUCGACACUACCUCCUUCCAGAUGGAGGUCGAAGAACGUUUACCUAGUUUUGUACUGGAUGAAAUUUUUAAAUCUAAAGAAGAAGACCAUGAAUGGUCAUCCCUCAAGCUUAAGGAGAAGCUCCACAAUAUCCUAAAAAGGAAGGAACAAAUCGAGACAUUAACAUUAAAUUCCACCUCCCUUCGGAGUCCCAUACCCUCUUCAAUCUCGAAAUCACCCCAAAUUUCUAGAACUCCGAAUAAUAUCCCAACUCUCACGUUUAAUACUCUAAGAGAGGAAAAUAAUAAAUGCAGACAUUGUAUAAUGAAUGCAGACAUUGUAUAACGAAUUUUUCUCACCAGACAAUAAAUGGCUAUUCCCCUCAUAAAUCUCCACCUAAAAAUAAUCCUAAAGUCCCAUUUUCCCAUUCAAAAGUUCAAUUAUCUCCCAAUUGUAAUGG